AUGACACUCAAUGAAAGUAUAUCAGCUAGAUUCGUAGCUCGAUUCAAGACGUUAACAGCCAUUAAUCAACUAGAUCAAAAUCGUAAAACAUUUCUUAUUCGAUUACUCUUUGAAGCUAAAUUGAUUGUCAACGACUAUAAUUCAAGUGAUCCUAUAAGUUCUGGUAUAAUUUCAUUGGAAGAGGCUGAUCUCAGUAAAAUUUCAUUGUCACAUCGUGUACUCCAAUAUUUAUCAUUACCUAAAGUAAAUCUUACACAAUCAUUAUUUACUUAUACUAUUCUCUCAUGUGUUAAUUUCUACUCGACUAUUAUUAUAGAAUGUGAUUUUACUCAUGCGUCUAUUUUAAAAAUGAAAAAUCAUUGUUUUCCCAAAUCUAAACAAUAUAAUCGCACAAUUUUUGUUGAAGCCAUAAUGAAUAAAGUUAAUCUUUUUCGGAGUGAAUUUAUUGCUACUGACUUUACAAAAUCAAUUCUUGUUUAUGCUAAUAUGCGUUAUUUCGUUUGUCUUGAAUGUUUAUUUCUUGAUACAAAUAUGUUUCGUGCAGAUUUGAGCUUCUCUCAAAUACUAAUGGAUUGUAAUUUUCAAUUGACCAAUCUGACAAAAGUUCUACUUCUAUCCACUUUGUUUAUUCAAGCAACAUUCAUUGAUACAAUAUUUACUCGUAUUCAAACAACAGAAGUUCAAUUCGAACGAUGUUCCUUUACAUCAAUUAAAUUUAUUAAUUGUACACUGGAUAAAUCAUUGAUUGUUCAAUCAAACUUUUCCAAUAUAUAUUUUAAUAGUGUAAACUUAAGUAAAUCUAUAAUAAGAAAUGUUUAUUUUAUGAAUAUUUCAAUGCAUUAUACUAAUCUAAGUAGCACAAUAUUCGAUCAAUGUACAUUUAUUAAUGUUGAUUUUAAUGAUGCCAUAUUAACUAAUGCAACUUUUCUUAAAUGUAUAUUUCAACCAAGUUUAAUUAGCAAUAAACAAAGAUUAGAAGUGACAUCAUUUAAUGGAAGUAUUUUUUCUUAG